CGGAGGAGGGAAGGCCAAGCACAUGUAUAAAGCCAAGGGGGCUGAACAUGUGGGGCCACAUUCACCAACACUUUGACACUCCAACUGAAGCUUCCGUGCGCACCUUUUGGGGCUUUAUUUUGCAAAGAAGGGAUACUCGUUCAUGUUUUUACACCUCUCCUGCUGGAUUAUUUAUUUGUUGGCGCAACUUUAGAGUCGUUAAAUGAUGGAUAUUUACAUUUGGAUCGUAAUGUAUUCCUGGAUUUCAAGCACAGUCCUAUCAGCGCCUGCUGGAGAGUCACCUCCUGUCUCCCAUGUGCGCCAUGUGAGGAACAAGCGCUGCUCUUGCGCCACUUUUUUGGAUAAAGAGUGCGUGUAUUUCUGUCACCUGGACAUCAUAUGGGUCAACACACCCGAGCGAGUGGUCUCUUAUGGACUGGGUAAUGCUCCCAGGAAGAGGCGCUCCGUCAGUGAGGGUCACGCCCGGUGCCAAUGCCGGCAUGAGGGAGACCUCACCUGCACCAACUUCUGCCAAAAGCUGGACAGCAGCAUCAGUGAUGAGACAUCAGCGGUGGUCCACGUUGUUGAGGGAAAGGACACAAGUGAGACAAAAAGGAUGAAGAGCGCCGAUGACAAACGGGCGACGCCUCAAUGGCUCAGGGCCGUGUCCAAAACGCGACUUCUCCUCGAAAAAUGGAGACACAGGGUGAGAACACGCCAGGCCGAGGGGACAACCUACUAAAGAAGACAGAGGAGGUGUUGCUAAAACCACAAAAACGGACAUGCCAUGUGGAUCCUCCACGCUGGUGACGUGAGCAUCAUCACCUGUGUGGACUCCGAGAAGAAGCCAACAAAACAUUUCAAAGAGACAAUCCAUCACUGCUACAUAUGGAUUAUUACCAUUCCAAAAAAAGCAUGGACGCCUACAUACAGUAGCCAGGAUUAUGUCAUUCCGACUGAGCCGACACAUGCCACCAUGUAGCCAAGCAGUACUGUAGCUCCCGGGAGUUAUAAUUUAAGUAUUUUCUUACUACAAUGUGAUAGGGCUUAUAUAUUGUCAUAUUUAUUUGUAUCCUUCACUUGACAGCCAUAUUGGUUGUACACUGAAUUUCAUUUCUGUGAAAUGUUUUGUCGCCGAGAUGCCAAAUAACGGCAAAAUCUUUUAAUA